GCCGCUCCUGGGGCGGGGCCUCCCGCCGGCCGGCAGGGGGCGCGCGCGCCGGGAGAAGAGACUACACUUUCAUGGAGGGGGCGGAGGCGGAAGCGCGGGAGGGGGCCGCUGUGGCCCGGGACCUGCUGGCCUUGGGGUAUGAGGGCUUCUCGGGGGCGCCGUCGCUGGGCACCUCGUGUCCAGACUUCAGGGCGCUGUGCGCGCGGCUGGCGGCGGAGCUGGCGACUCUGGGCGCCCUGGAGCGGGAGCGAGGGGAGAGCGCGGAGGCUCUGAGAGCCGACGACGGCCCCGGCGCCGAGGAAGAAUUCCUGCGACAGUUGGCCGGCCUGCUGCAGGAGUUGCACUGCCCAGACCGCGCGCUCUGCGGCGGCGAUGGCGCGGCGGCGCUGCGGGAGCCCGGCGCGUGCCUGCUCCUGCUGCGCUUUCUCUGCUCGGAGCUCCAGGCUGCCCGCCUCCUCCGUUUGUACCCCCGGCUGGAUCCCAGCCCCGCACCGCCCUGUGGAGAAGGGGAAGAGGAGGGAGCUGGCAUGGUCCAGGAACUGAUCCUUACCCUCCAAGCUCUGGGGCUGCCCAGACCCACGCCUGGGACCGCCGCCAGCCGGCUGCUGUGGGAGUUGCAUGACAAGAUCUCUGAGCUGCUGCCUUCCCUGCCCCCAGGGUUCCUGCAGCCCCUCCUCAGCUUCCCGCUGGACGCACCCAGAUGGGAGGCAUUGGACUCUCUGUGCCAAAGGCUGGGAGAUCAGUACUGCUGCCGCCGCUGCCUGCUCCUGAAACGCCUGGACCUCACAACAUCUUCUUUCCACUGGAGUGAUCGGGCGGAGGCCCAAGGAGAAGCCAUGAAGGCAGUGCUGAUCCCAAUUCGAGAGGCUCUGACCCCAGAAUCAGAUGUCUCUGUUGCACACGUCCUGGCUGCCCGAGCAGACCUGUCUCGUCUUGUCCCAGCCACCAGCAAGGCUGCCCGCCGAGGGACCUGCUGUGCCAUCAACAAGGUGCUUAUGGGCAACGUGCCAGACCGGGGGGGCCGUCCAAAUGAGCUGGAGGCUCCCAUGCCCAGCUGGCAGAGCAGAAGAGAGGAUGGAGGUGGGCGGAAGGCAGGCCGCCAGAACUGGGGUCGCAAGAAGAAGAAGAAGUAAAGGGGGACUGGUGGUUUGGGGGGGGUCCUCUGUGACAUGCUAAUGCCAUUGGUAAUCCUUGGGGAGUCACUUUGGGUUUCUCUUGGUAUCUGGCUCCCAGGCCCCACAUCCCCUGCUCCUAAGGUCCCAAAUGUCCUCCCGCCAUCCACCACUCAACAACAAGGACCAUGUUCUCUGGAAAAUAAAUUUAAUUUAUGACAGCUAUAGGACCUAUCUCUGGGGGGGGGGCAGGUCAGGGGUGCUCAGGUUUGUGGAGGGGUAAGGGUGUCUUUGUCCCCUGGGUCUCAACAGACCCCUGUUGCUCUGACCCUCAUAGUCCUCUGCUCUUUAGCAACACAUCAUUCCCUUCCUGUGGGCACAGGGAAGGAGACAUGCAGGCAUUGGACAAAGAGUUCUCAGGUACCCACCAUGUGUUAGCCCUGUUCUUGGCACUAGGGAUACAGCAGUGAAAACAUAUAGAUCAUAAAACCCCUGCUCUUCUGGAGUUGACAGUUUCUGGUGAAGAGGAGCAGACAUUCAACAAGAUAAAUAGAUAAAAAGUAUAGUUUGUUAGAUGGGUAAAUGACUUUGGAGAAAAACAAGGCAGAGCAGGACUAGGGGGUGGAUUGCAACUUUGAGUAUGGUCAGAGGGGCCUCCCUGAGAAGGCGACAUUAGACCUAAGUCCCAAAGAGGGAGACAUGUGGGCCUCCCUGAGAAGGCGACAUUAGACCUAAGUCCCAAAGAGGGAGACAUGUGGGCCUCUGGAAGAGCAUUCUGGGCAGAGGGAACUGCCAGUGCAAAGGCCCUGAGGUAGGCAAUAUUUUUGGCAUGUUCAGGGACCAUAGAGGCCAGUGUAGCUGAAGCAGGAUGAGUAAGGGGGUGAGUGGUGGUAGGUGAGGUCAGAGAGGUGACGGAAACAGAUUGUGGGAGGUGGGCUGCAGUGAGGAUUCUGGCUUUUCCCCUGGGUGAGAGGGAGGCAUAGAAGGGCCCUGAGCAGGGGAGAGACUCAGGUGUUCACAGGCUCCCUGUUCCACCCCUACUCUAGCCUUCUGUCCUGUCUCUGGAACCCCAGAGUUAGGAACAUAAGUGCCCAGCCUAUCCCCUCCCCGGCCUGACCCGUGCUGUCAGUGUAGCAUACUGGUGAGGAGCUUCCAUCUCAGAGGCAGACAGAGGGCCUUGGACUUGAGUCCUGCCUCCAACACUUAGGGGCUCUGCCACCUUGGAGAGCAGCUUAACCUCCCUGGGCCUCAGCUUCCUCGUCUGUGAAAUGGGGAUGUAAGGAGUUGGUGGGAUGAUACUUAAGUCUAGACAUACCCAACAUGAAAUCGCACAGAUAACAAAGUUCGGGGAAAUGGGAGUACAGGUUGUGGCCACUCUGAGGCAAAGGAAGAAAAUAACUUUCCGAGUAAGAGAUGAUGAACUCUUCCCUGAAGGCGGUGUGGAUGGGAAGGCGGAGGUGCCUUUGGGGGUCCUGCUGGAGGCCGAAUCACAGGACUUGGGACUGACUCUGG